CAGCCCUCCAAGCCAAUAUAGUUCUUGAUGUAGUUGUUAUGAUAUAUUGCCUAUGGUUUAGAUUCACAAAAGUAAGGCAGAGUUUAAUAAGAAAAUGAUUAUGUCAUCUUUAAUUAUAUAAAACAAGGGCAACUCAAUCAUGCACAAAAGACCUUCUUUUUGUAAAUGUGCUGUCUGAGUGUAAGAGAGAGAGAACUGUGAAAAAGUUGAAAUAGCGCACGCGUUUUGCUUCUUUUUUCGUUGCUAUUUCCUGCGUCAAAUAUGAUAAAGAAAUCCACUGUUGUGUUAGCGUCAGGCUUAGUAUGGCUGCGUUGGUUCAUUGCGAGCCUUUCUGGUUAUAUACAUCCUGAUGAAUUCUUUCAGAAUCCCGAAAUUACGUCCUCACUCAUAUUUGGAAUUCAGGCUUUUACGCCUUGGGAAUAUCAGCCACAGAAUGCUGCUCGCUCUAUAGUCGCUCCCUUUCUUACUACUGGAAUUCCCUUUUGGAUCUUAAAGAACAUCUUGCCUGAAGGACAAUUACCUUCUGCUACCCAGCUGUAUAUUACCGAACGUCUUGGGGCAUUCGUAUGGUCUCUCUUUAUUGAUUUAUGCGUCUAUAGACUGUGUAAGCAAACAGGGGCGUCCAAGCCAUUGAUUCCGAUGCUGUUAGUAGCAACAAGUCAAAUCACCUUGGCUUAUUACACUCACACAUUUUCAAACUCUUUUGAAAGUGUCUUGUUAUGUCUGUGUUUAUCUACAGUUGUUGACUAUACAAAGUCUUCAUCCAACAAACUAUCCUUUGCUUUAGGCGCCUUAUUCAGCCUUGGUGUCUUCACUCGAAUCACUUUUCCGUUAUUCGCUCUUCCUAUUGGCAUUGCAUUUAUAGUUCAUGUAUAUAAAAGUCGCAAUAUUCAUCAUUUAGUUUCAUUGACUUUGGGCUUCUUCAGUUUAACGGUCUUUUGUAUUACGGCCGACUCGGUAUAUUAUGGCACUUUGUUCUUAACCUCAAAUGACAAGCCAUUUAGAGAUGCACACCAGUUCAUAUCAACAUUGUUUAAUCCAAUGGCUCUUGCUAGCUUUAAGGCAGAGGGAAGUAUCGUUAUCACGCCUGUUAAUAACUUGCUAUAUAAUAUGAAUGCUAAAAACCUUCAACUACAUGGUAUUCACCCGAGAUAUACUCAUCUUGCUAUCAAUCUCCCUUUGCUCUUUGGACCGUUAGCUAUCCAGAGCCUUUUGGAGAUACCAUCUGUUCUUAAAAAGGCGACUGUGGACACAAGCAAGCACUUUCUCUAUAUUCUUAUAGGUAUUGUGUUCACUAGCCUAGUGGGGCUUUCGAUCAUACCUCAUCAAGAAGCUAGGUUUCUAUGUCCGUUACUUAUACCUUUAGUACUGAUCUAUACGUGGAGACGACCCAAUUUAUCCCUUUCAUUCUGGUUAAGCUGGUUCUUAUUCAACAUUAUAACAACUUAUGUGUUUGGUGUCAUCCAUCAGGGUGGAAUUGUUCCUGCAAUGCGCUUUCUUCAUUACCAAACAAAAGGCAUACACAACUGCUAUGUACUCACAAAUGGUGGAUUGUCCUGUAGCGUGGAUGGAUCUACUGAUGUAGAUAAUUACUAUAAUAUUACUACAAAGCUGGUGUUUUACAAGACAUAUAUGCCACCACAGCAUUUAUUAGCUGCGCCGCUAGUUGAAGGAAAUCAUCAUAUUCGUGUAUUAGAUUUUUCUAGUCGCUAUGAUGAUCUGGUAAAAGAACUCGAACAGAGUUCUGGUGUAAUUCUGCGAAGACGUAAAAUGGGCGCAAUCGACUUUGCUAAAACGAGUACGAAAAAUGCAUAUGAGAGGACCUUAUUCAUUACACCAAGCUUCAUCAACCUACCCAUUAUACCUCAUCAUAGAUACAUGCUACUAGCGACCUUUAGUCCCCAUGUUGGCUUUGAUGAUAUGGAUAAGAUGAUCAGUAGAGCGCAAGAAACGAAUUCUGCAGAGACACAGAUGAACCUAAACGUUUUCCUUAUGCUAUCAGACAAAGACGAUACAUCAUAAAUGGCCACAAAUAAACAUCUUAAAUCCUUUCUUUCUGUCUUGGGCAGCUUUGACUUAAGAA